AUGGAGACCCUCCUGAAUUCUGGUGUGACUGGUAGCCCUCAGGUUAGCAAGGGAGGCAAGCUGAUGAUGAUCACCAGCAUCAGCUACUUCAUCAUCCAGGGUCCCGCAUUUUUCUUGUCUGGCGAGACUGACGCAGAGGUUUCCGCUGGAGAAUCUGGGUUCGCUCUGGCUGGUCUCAUCACUUGCACGGUGCUCUUCGCGGGAUACCUUUUCUACCAGUGGGAGUUGAGUCGUACGGACAGCGAUCAGGUCUUUGAGGACUACAUGGAGGAGGUCAGGCGCGAGAAGAUCAUGAAUGGCGAGAUCUCGUUGCUCGGCGUCAUGCAGGCGGAGCUUCGAUUCGCUGCGACCCGUCAAUCAACCGAAGAAGGCUACCAGUCCAUGGACGGGGGCAACCUUGCUCUCCCGGAGAUCGUUAUGCGGCGCCUAGAGAAGCUGCUGAGGCCUUUCUUCGAUAAGUACGACGACGACAACAGUGGACAGCUGGACAGAGGAGAGUUCUGGUCGGUUUUCCACGACCUUCAAGAGCAUGUCCAAACCUCGGAGCUGAAUGCUAUCUUCGAAAAGAUCGACACCGACCAGUCGGAUCAAAUCGACUUCGAUGAGUUCGUGACGGGUGUGGCAAAGUUCGUCCUGGAGAAAAGCCCGACCGGUACCAUCAGCAGCCCUCCGCCGGCAGCAAUCGACGAAGCGGCGGAUGACGGUGAUUCCGAAGAGCACGAAGAGAUGCCGGAGGAUCUGGCACACCUCAAACCAGAGGAACAACAGUACCACGUCAAGAUGCGCGCGGCUUACCUCAUGACGGUCGGGACAGCCCUAGUGCUCAUUUUCUCAGAUCCCAUGGUGGACGUGCUCGGAGUCCUCGGCGACCGCACGGGAAUUUCGUCCUUCUACAUCUCGUUCGUCUUGGCGCCGCUCGCGUCCAACGCUAGCGAGCUCAUUGCCGCCUUCAACUACUCUCUCAAGAAGACCAGUCGCACGAUCGUCAUCUCUUUCGCAGCACUGCAGGGCGCCGCGUGCAUGAACAACACGUUCUGCCUGGGUGUGUUUAUGUUCCUCAUCUACUUCCGGAACCUGGCAUGGGAGUUCAGCGCGGAAACGGUCACCAUCCUCCUAGUGCAGGUGGCAAUGGCUGUGUUGUCCUUGCGAAACACAUUCAGGGUGGUCGACGGAGUUAUGGUGCUCUCCCUCUACCCGCUGUCUCUCAUGGUGGUGGCUGGGUUGGAGGCGUGUGGCUGGGAUUGA